AUGGAAACAAGAUCUGCUAAGAGAAAGAAGCUUUUGUUUACAGAAGAAAAGGAGGAGGACGACGGAAUGGACAGGAUAAGCGAUCUUCCUGAUGUGGUUUUACAGCAAAUUCUGUUUCUUCUCCCCAUUAAAACGAUAGCAAAAACCAGCGUUUUAUCAAAACGUUGGAGAUCUCUCUGGUCCUCCUUCCCUGACCUGGAUUUCACCACUGUAAAUCCACUGAUAAAAUCAUCACAAUGUUGUUUACCAACUCAAGGUAUGGACUUGAUCACCCAUGUCUUAUCCCUCCGAGACAAGCAUUCCGAUAUAAGAAUCCUCCGGUUUCGAGCUCCUCUAAGUUUCUCUCAUCUAAACGCUUUAGUCCGUAGAGCCAUCAGGCAAAAAGUUCAAGAACUCGACGUUGAAGUUGCCACUGAUGAUUACUUCAACUUCCCACGAUGCUUAAUCUCCAGUGAUUCUUUAAGGGUUUUUCAUUUGAAAUCCCGAUAUCCCGGUUUUCGUUUACCUCCUUCAUCAGUCAUGGUGGGUGGGUUCCGCUUCCUCCAAACACUCUCUUUAUCUCUUGUCAUUUUAUAUAACCAGCCUUGUUUAGACGACUUGUUCACAGAAUCCUCCUUUCCUCUCUUAAAGAAAAUGAAUCUGGACGCUUGCUUCGGGCUGAAACAACUCAAGAUCGGGUGCCGGGCGCUUGAAGAUUUAACGUUAGAGAACUGCUUUCAGCUUCAUGGGUUAGAUGUUUGGGGUAAAAAAGUGGAGAGAUUGAAAGUUGCUAGCUGUUUUGAUGCUUAUGGUGAUAAGAACUGGGUGAAGAUCAAUGCGCCGAGGUUGAAGGUAAUUAUCUGGGAGUAUAAUGCAGUAACAGCUAUUAGUUGUCUGGAGAAUUUGAUGGGUUUGGAAGAGGCAUCCAUUGGUUUAUUCGUGCUUCAUGAAGAUGUAACUACGGAAAAACUCCAUUGUGUCUCUAGUCUUUUAUCAGGAUUAAUGCAUGCACGUUCAUUAACCAUUGAAAGACAUUGCAUUGAGAUCCUAUCAAACAAGAAUUAUUUUGGGCAUCUUGUUCAUUCUUUUAAAAAUCUUAAAUUUCUCGAGCUGCAUACGGGUUUCAACAGACAUAAUAUCCCGGGACUAGCAUGCCUAUUCAGAUGCUCCCCCACGCUUCACACUCUGGUUCUCAAGAUUAUCAACGAUUACAAGAUUGAAAGGCGGCAAUGGAAUAAGGACUUAUGGGAGAUGUCAACGACGGAUGUAGAACAAUAUUGGGAGUCUGAAACUCAAAGUUUGAAGGCCUUCUUAAACCAUUUGAACGUAGUAAAGAUCCAUGGAUUCUUGGACUGUGAGAAUGAAGUAAUUCUUGCAAAGUUUUUGCUCAAGCAUGGAAAGGCUUUACAGGAGAUGACUCUUUGUAUUGGACACUGCAAUUUCAGGGAUUCUCUACGAAGACAAAAGAUCAGGUCUCAGAUGAUGGGGUUUUCUUGGGCUUCUUCUAAUGCCAAGAUUUCAUUCAAGCUGAAUUAA